AUGCCGACCAUUCUCGGUGACAAAGGGAAACUUUCCGUUGUAUGCCUUUUGCUCCGAUGCGCGUAUUCUCAGGUAACAAGAACUCACAUCAACCGCUGUGCCAAAGAUAUUUUUGAGGACAUGACUCAGUCCUGGACAUCCCAGCAUGCCUUAGGGGGUGACCAGGCUCAGCGGAUCCUCUAUAACUCCAAGGAUGCAAGACAUUCAUCUGCACAGCACAGGCAAGGUCGCAGCGAAGCUCAGCUACGAAUGACCCGUCACCCUCAGGUGGCACCUCACAAAUCGAUGCUUGCUGAUGAUCUUAAACUAAGCAGUGAUGAUGACGACACUCAAAGGGCCAUUCAUGAAUCAGCGUCCUGGGACAGACAUGGCCUGUCAGCACGGCGAGCGCACACACAUGGCAGGCGGGUGAGACAUUCCAGCUCAGACUCGUCCGGCUCAGACUCCUCUGCGGUGUCGGGCAGCAGCAGCCUGCAGUCCCGCAGCCCGAGCCGGAGCCCAGAAGUCCCGCCGGAUCCUCCAUCGCCCGCCGACACACAGCCACAGUGCCACGGCAAAGAGACUGAUCACCCCUCUUCCACCCAGUGGCAGUUAGAUAAAUGGCUGAAGAAGUCCAGGAAAAAGUCUGCCAACACUGAACAAGAUCCCUCCCGGGACAUUCCAGGGCGUCAGGCGUCCCCCCACACCCAGCGAGCCCCAUCACCAGCCAGAUCAUGGGACAGCAAUCAGGAGUACAGCCCGAGCCAAAGUCCGAUCCCUGACCCACAGUUCAGUUACAGUCACAACAACAGCCCUCUGCCUAGCCCUGGUUACAGCUUCUGCCCAAGCCCCAGCCCCUUUCCCAGCACCUGUCCAAGUCCUAGCCCUAGUCCAAAGCUCGGCCUAAUUCCAAGCCCGGCCUCAAGUGUUUGUCCCAGUCCAUUUGGGAGCCCUGGAGCCAGUCGCAGCCCUAGUCCCAUUUCUAGAGAUCCUCCGAGAAGUCCGAGUCCAACAGUUCCUGCUCCCUCCAGAGUGAGUCGCUACCCUGAGUAUCAGGGUCAGAACUUGCCCCAACCUAGACAAACAACAACCCCCCACAGGACAAAAAUUAGGCAAUGGAUUGCUCCGUUGCCUGCCACCAGCACAAAGAGCAAGACCGCAAGUAAUGGUCAUCAUCAGCACAGGCCCAAGACUCACCACACGCCAGACCAAGAGCACGGUCAAAGCAAGUCCAAAGUUCCAGCUGUGUUAACAUCUAAUCAGAGUCACAGUCACAGGUCCAGACACAAAUCCACAUCCUAUCCAACUUCAAAACAGGUUUCCGAGACUUCCAAAUCGAAAAAUUCGUCACAUUUUGAGCACGUCCUCGAUAGCAGAUCCAACCAUAAGAGUUCACAUCAUAGCCCCACGAAGGCAAAGCACACACUCCCCACGAGUCAUGAAACCGUCACUGGCCACAGCUCUCAUUCCCAGUCUGUCUCUAAAGCUUCAAGCAAUUCCAAUUCCGGAUCAAGCUCUAAGCCCGGGCCUGUCUUAAAACAUCGGUCCGGGUCGUGGCAGGCUCCAGCCCAGAACCCUGCCCAUGUCAAUCACAGCAAAACAUCACAGAGAAAGCCCCAACUUAAGGCAAACGAGGUGCAACAGAGAGAUCAUCCGGCCCAGUCGGAGGGGAGAAAACACGAAAGGAAUAACAACAGAGGCCGUGAAAAACAACAGGGGAAACACGAAAGAAAGGAAAAAAGGAGGCUGGCGGAGGAGCAGCUACUGAGACGUCCCUGGAUCCAAAGCUCGGCCGACGAAGAGGAGGAGGAAGAGGAGCAGGAGGGACCGACAGGGCAGCAGGCGGAGAGGGAGGAAACAGAAAGGAAGGACGACCGGAGGAAGAGGGAGAAACCACACGAAUGGCAAACGCCGCCGGCCAAACACAGAGCUCCGACCGACUCCAGGCGGCGCCGCCUCAGUGAGGACGCUCGCAGGAGAGCGGAAAAAGGAGGGAGAGGCGAGCGCCGAGAGCCACAGCCAGUCCCAUCACCCAGUAGGCCCGAAGGCCUCAGGCCUCAGGCGUUGCAUCCCAAGGGCUCCAGCUCGGCUAAUCCUGGUGAGGGGAAGCAGGGCGAAGCCAAGCAGAAACUCUACACCUUGGUCCCCUUCGGGCGAGGUAACAAGACAGCUCCCGCCUCCCAGCGAGGGCUGAGAAAUCUGGUGGUUCACAUAGACCUCUGUCUGCUCAAGCGGGUUCCCGACAGCGCCACGGAUCCGCCCGCGAAAAAACCCUCCUCUGCCUUGUCCUCCUCAUCAACUAAGGACAAGCCAAAAGAGGUUAUGAAGCACACGCACGUCCCCGAAGCGCCAGCGACGGACGGCAAAAGGAAACGCAAGUUGGAGAAUGGUGUGUCGCACAGAGAGAGCAAGAGGAGCCUUUCGUUUUCAAAUGACCUCUCAGGGAACACGGAAUCUGCGUCCCUCACUGCCGAGAACUUUGUAACCGAGACGACACACAACGGGUACUUGGAGGAUUACCUGGACAAGAGGCCGGUGUCUCCCCUGUCGCCGCUGUCUCCUCUGCCCCAGAGCCCCGAAUCCAACAAGCCAGCGCCGAAAGCAAAAGCAGCUGAGCAGCAUCACUCUCACAGCCAGAAGAGCAGGGACAAGAACAGAGAUCCGGCUGUAAAGCCCAAAACGGAGGUGGAGGUCGUGAAAGUGUCCAAACAGCCCCAGCCACCGUCCGAGUCCUCCUGGGCACCUGCUGGUCACAGAGGGGUCGUGCCAAACUGUGAAAUUCCUCACCACGCUGAGUACUAUUUACAUGAAGCAAAAAGGAUGAAGCACCGUGCAGACGCAAUGGUGGACAAGCUGGGAAAGGCUGUGAACUACAUUGAUGCUGCUCUGUCCUUUAUGGAAUGUGGGAAAGCGAUGGAGGAAGGGCCACUGGAAGCUAAGUCUCCUUAUACCAUGUAUUCCGAGACAGUGGAGCUGAUCAGGUACGCGAUGAGGCUAAAAAGCCACUCUGGCCCUGGAGCGAGGCCAGAAGACAAACAGCUGGCGGUUCUGUGUUUCAGAUGCCUUGCCCUCCUCUACUGGCAGAUGUUUCGCUUAAAGAAGGACCAUGCACUGAAGUACUCCAAAGUGCUUCUCGAUUAUUUCAAGAGUUCUCCCAAAGUGCCUACAACACCACCUGGCUGGAAUGACUCUGAGAAGGCCACUGGAGGACCCCCGUCAUCACUCUCCCCUAACGCCAAACAUCAUGGACGGGGUUCGCACAAAGGACGCAGCCCUGUUUCUCUCAUCAGCAUCCCCCAGCGUAUCCACCAGAUGGCAGCCAAUCACCUGAACAUCACCAACAGUGUCCUGUACAGCUACGAGUACUGGGAGGUAGCAGACAACCUCGCAAAGGAGAAUAAAGAGUUCUUUAACUACUUGAAUACUUUGUCGGGACCACUUACUCUUCACAGUAGCAUUGGUCACACUGUCCAGUACACCAGACAGGCUCUUCAGUGGAUACGCAUCAGUGCCAAACUCAACUAGCUCGGAGAGGACUGACCUUAAACCUGCUCACUGUGCAUCACGGCCACGUUUUUGUGGGAAGAGGCAAAAAACCCGGUAUCUCUAUGCAGCUAACGGUACGGUGCCAGUACCCGAUGGAAGGUGUGGAGUGGUUUUGGAUGGAGUCCCGCUGAGCCAAGUGUUGGGACGCAGACAGCUGGGUGUGCUCUGAGCACACCUUGUGAAGGAGCAAACAUCUGCUUGCCUCUGUCAACCUACUUCUUAGAUGAUGGAAUUGCUGGAAGAAUUCUGUCCAUUGCGGAUGUCAGAGGUUUCUAAGCGUUUGCCAAAAAACUAAACAGAAACUUGCAAGGCCUUUUUUGAUAUUUUGAUAUUCAUCAUUUUCUUGCGACCUUUUUGUCUGGGGCCAAAAUCAUUGAAGUGGGGGCUUUAAAAAAAUAGAAAAAUAAGGAAAAUUUAAUCAUAAAUGAUUUUCUACAGAGUGGGAAAUUAUUUUUUGUGACUUUUCUAUUUUUUAAAUUUCUUUUAUUUUGUACCCUUUAUGUGUUUUUACUGUGCAAUAUUUAAUUGAAAUAUUUUUGUUUUAAAAAGUACCAAUCGAAGAGUUUGACAAAUAUAUUUUUUUGUUUGAUUUUUAUAUUGGAUCUGCUCAUAAAACAUUAAGGUAAGCUGUCAUAAACCAGAUACCCUCAUAAUAGGUUCUCUUUCUUGGCUCUAAAUUGAGAAUGUACCAUGAGUAUCGCUGGUAGUGACCUCCUGAGAAACCGGUAGAUUGUGUUUUAUCCUGAGAACAAGACCACUGUGAAGUUUUCCGUCAAUCCUUUCAGUCCUUUUUUGAAACAUUGGGUCACAACAGAUGAUGGUAGCGAUUCAGAGCAGUUGUUUUGACACAAGUAUUUGAGUCUUUUGACACACUCCUAAUGCAACAUUGUAAAAACACUUCAUUUUAGCAAAUGUGAUGCAUUAAAAAUGUAUUUGU